UAACAGGAUACAGUUGAAGGUAUUAUUUAAAGUAUGAGUGCCAAUCUGGAGAUUGCAGUCACUUUGCUUAUCUGUUUGAAUCAUUAUGAAUCGCAUCUAUUCAUCUGAAAAUAAAUUCGAUUUAUUCCCACCACAACGAACUCAAGCAAGCGCUAGAGGGCCCAUGUCAAACCAAGCUGUUCAACCAUUCAGCCUGUGUUACUUUAGUUCCAGCAUUCGGUCCAAUUUAUCUGCUUUGGGAAAACAAAUCGUUACGAAAUUAUCUGCCAGCCUCUAAGCAGGAACUAAUAACACAACGUGAUAGUACCGUUAGAAAGACGUGAAGCCAAUGGAGAGUGUGAUCUUGGUGUUGUUCCUUUUCUGUUCGCUUCAAAUAGAGAGCUUUGAAGGCUUCAACAUCAAAAAUGUCCAUCUGGACAAAUGUAUCCGUGCCAACAAUGAGAAGAAUAGAAUAUCUCUCUCUGAAUGUAAUCCAGAUUCUGAGCAGCAGCAGUGGAGAUGGGAUUCCCGCCUAAACUCCAUAGUUAGCCUUAAAACUGAGCAGUGUCUGACAGUUCACAAAGCUAAUGAAUUUGGAACAGUGAAACUGGAACCUUGUGCCAGUGGUCAACAUCAGGCGUGGAUAUGUAACAAACGGGGUCAUUUAACUCUUGAAGGUUUCAGCUUGCAUCUCAGCGUAAAGCACGGGACAAACAAAGUUCACAUCUCGCAUGAAAAAGGCAAAUUAAGCAAGUGGCGCACUUUAAAAGAUCAGAUCAUCUGUAAAGAGGCUAACCAUAUUUGGCAACAUGAAGGUCAUCAUAUCGAGGUUUCAGAAACUCAGACAGAAAAUAUUGAAAAAUCAACGGCCAUUCCUAUGGUUAAUAAUGUGUCUGAUGCUUCCUACCCUACUUUUGAAAAUAUCACACAAAUGAAAGAAAAUGAUAAAACUGUGAGAUUCAAAUUGAGUGAUGGUACUUCUUGGAGGGUUACAAUGCUGGUUCUAGGUGCGAUAAUGUUGAUGCUGGGACUAAUUAUACUGCCAUUGAAUGUCCUUUAUCAUAAUCGAAAGAAGAAGUCACGUGCUGAAAUUGGUGCUGAGUCAGCUGAUGAGAAAACCUCCUUAACAACAGGAUUGAAGCUGCAGCAUGAUGCUUCUCGUUCCCCAUCUUUAAGACAUGGAGAAAUACUGAUUGAAUGGAAAGAUGGAAAGAUAACACCUCUUUUCGAUGACAAUUAAGAUGCCAAUUGUUAGAAUCUGAGGGAUUGGACCAGACCUGCCAACACUGGGGAAGUCCAGCCUCAUUCUAAAGUAUUUAUAUUAUGUGCAAAUAGGUUGAGUACUACAGAAGGAGACCAUUAUUUCAUUCAUGGGUAGGUGGGCGUGAAAGAAACCUCUUCUGGAAGUCAGUCCAUCAUUCCUGGAGAUUUGACUGUUUCAGUUCUUUGUUCCUCUGAGUGGCCUCAGACCUAAGGUGUUGCAUUUUGCAGAACAGUUUUCAUUUGGUGGGAAGGAGUAUGUUGUGGAACAGUCUUUUGAAAUCUGAAGUAUAGAAAUCUGAAUUAUAGCAGGAAGAAGGCUAUUUGGACCUUCGAGCCUACUCCCCUAUUCAGUAGGUUCACAGCUGAUCCUCCAUCUCAAUGCUGUAUUCCUGCUUUUUUCGCAUUCUCCUGAUGCCUUUAAAAUCUAAAAAUAUAUCUAUCUCUUUCUCAAAUAUAUUCCUUGACUUUGUCUUUUCAGCCUUCUAUGAUAGCGAAUUACAUAGGUUCACUACUCUUUGAGUGAAGAAAUCUUUCCUCAUCUCAGUCUUAAAUAGUCUAUCCUGUAUCCUGAGACUGUGUCCCCUGUUUUAAACUCUCCAACUAGGGAUAACAUCCUCCCUGCAUUUAAUCUGUACAGUCCUGUUAGGCUUUAUGCAUUUCAGUCAGAUCCCCUCUCAUCCUUCUAAACUCUGGAGACUACAGGCCCAGCUGAACCAAUCUCUCCUCAUAGGACAGUCCUGCAAUCCCUGGUAUUAGUCAAGUGAACUUCCACUGUACUCCCUGUAUGGUAAAUGUAUCCUUUCUCAGGUAGGGUGUCAAAACUGCAUGCAACACUUGAGGUGUGAUCUCACCGAGGCCCUGUAUAGUUGCAGUCAGACUUAUCCAUUCUGAACUGAAAUCCUCUUGCAUUGAAGACGAACAUACCAUUUGCCUUCCUAAUUGCUGGCUGCACCUGCCUGCAUAUUUUUGUUGACUUGCGUAUAAGGACACGUAGGUCCCUUUGUACAUUCACACUUCCCAAUAUAUCUCCCAAUAUAUCAACGGUUAAAUAAUACUCCUCCCACCAAUAUAUAACUUCACAUUUUCUAAAUCACACAGAAGCCUCCACUCCACAAGUCAUAAUUAGUUUUGUGUCAUCAUUAAACUUGGAAAUCUCAAAUUUCUUUUAUCCACAUUAUUUAUUUACUUCAUGAAUAGCUUGAGCCUCCGCACUGAUCCUUGUGGUACAAUCAUUGCCUGCCACUCAGGGAGAAAAACCAAUUUAUUUCUAUUCUCAGUUUCCUAUCUGUCAAACAAUUCUUGAUUCAUGCUAAAAUGUUAUCCCUAUCCCAUUUGCUUUGGCUUCGCCCUCUGAUCUCUUAUGAGGAAUCUUAUCAAAAGCCUUCUGAAAAUCCAAACACAUCACAUGUUUGGAUCUCUCAUAUUUAUUCAACUAGUUACAUCCUCAAAGAACAAAAGAACAAAGAAAUUUACAGCACAAGAACAGGCCCUUCAGCCCUCCAAGCCUGCACCGAUCCAGAUCAUCUAUCUAAACCUAUUACUAUUUUCCAAGGAUCUGUAUCCCUUUGCUCCCUGCCCAUUCAUGUAUCUGUCUAGAUACAUCUUAAAUGAUGUUAUCGUGCCUGCAUCUCCCACCUCCGCUGGCAACCCGUUCCAGACACCCACCACGUUCUGCGUAAAGAACUUUCCAUGCAUAUCUCCCUUAAACUUUUCCCCCUCACCUUGUAAACAUGACCCCUAGUAAUUGAGUCCCCCACUCUGGGGAAAAAGCUUCUUGCCAACCACCCUGUCUAUAUCUCUCAUAAUUUUGUAGACCUCAAUCAGGUCCCCCCUCACCCUCCGUCUUUCUAAUGUAAAUAAUCCUAAUCUACUCAACUUCUCUUCAUAGCGAGCACCCUCCACACCAGGCAACAUUCUGGUGAACCUCCUCUGCACCUUCUUCAAAGCAUCAACAUCCAUUUGGUAAUGUGACAACCAGAAAUGUACGCAGUAUUCCAAAUGUGGUCAAACCAAAGUCCUAUACAACUGUUACAUGACCUGCCAAUGCUUGUUUGUACUCAAUACUUGUCCGAUGCAUGAAAGCAUGCCUUAUGCCUUCUUGACCAUCGAUCGAUCUGCAUUGCCACCUUCAGGGAACAAAGGACCUGAACGCCCAGAUCUCCCUGUGCGUCAAUUUUCCCUUGGACUUUAGUUCACUCUUGAAUUGGAUCUUCCAAAAUGCAUCACCUCGCAUUUGCCCGGAUUGAACUCUAUCUGCCAUUUAUCUGCCCAACUCUGCAAUCUAUCUAUAUUCUGCUGCAUUCUCCAACAGUCCUGUUAACUAUCAGUUACUCCACCAAUCUUAGUGUCAUCUGCAAAAUUGCUAAUCAGACGAUCUAUACUUUCCUCCAGAUCAUUUAUGUAUAUCACAAAAUAUUAUGUAUAUCCUCAAAAACUCUCCAGUCAUUUUUUGAAGCAUAAGUUGCCCUUUAUAAACGAUGUUGGCUUUGUCCAGCCCUGUUGAUGUGUUCCAAAUUUCUGUUGUCACAACUUUCGUAAGACAUUAACAUUUUCCUAGUACUGGCAUUAGGUUCAUUGUCUGUAAUUCUUUGUUUAUUUCCUUCAAUCCCUUUUUAAACAGUGGGGUUACGUUUGCCACCCUCCAAUCUGGAGGAACUUUGGAAGAUGAUCAGAAAUGCAUCCAAUAUUUCCAGGAUUACCUAUUUUAGUAUUUUGGACUGGAGAUUGUCAGGUGACCUAUCAGUCUUUAACCCCAUUAGUUUGUCCCGCACUAUUUUCUUACUAAUGCCGAUUUCUUUUAAUUCUAUAUUUGUCAUUAGUAAUCUUUUAUUCUCAUGAUAUCUAUAGAAGUUUUAAUGAUCAGUUUCUUUGUUCCCUCCAAUUUUACUCUCAGACUUUAUUUCUCCCCUCUUGAUUAAACUUCUUGCCCUCUUUUUCUAAAUUCUGAAAUACUCCUAAUUGUCAUGUUUACCACUUUUCCUGGCAAUUUUAUAUGUCUCCUCUAUGGAUCAAAUACUGUCCCUAAGUUAUUUUGUAAACUGAGGUUAAUCCAUCUUUUAGAGGUAGUAGGAACUGCCAAUGCUGGAGAAUCUGAGAUAACCAGGCAUAGAGCUGGAUGAACACAGCAAGCCAUCUCAGGGGAGCAGGAAAGCUGACGCUUCAGGCCUAGACCCUUUUUCAGAACUGGGGAAGGGGAAGGGGAUUCUGAAAUAAAUAGGGAGAGAUGGGGAGGUGGAUAGAAGAUGGAUAAAGGAGAAGAUAGGUGGAGAGGAGGAAGGCAGGUUUUCCUCUUUUAUUUUGUGCCAGGGAAUAUUGAAUGAUUGUUGUAACUAUUGCUCAUGUUCUUUAAAUAUGAAUCAUGCCUAACUACUGUUAACCCCUUUAGUAAGGCUCCCCAAUCUGACAUUGCCAAUUCAUACAUAUUAUCCUCAUAUUUCCUUUUGUUUCGAUAUAGGACCUUAACUUCUGGAUUUGACUCCUUCACUCUCCAUCUUAUUGAAGUAUUCUAUCAUAUUAUGUUCACUGUUUCCCAAGGGACUCUGCACAAUAAUGUUUGUAUUUAACCCUUUCUCAUUGCUCAGUGUCCCAGAAUAACGUGUUAUCUGAUUUAUUUUUCAACAUAUUUUGGUCUUAAAAACCCAGAAGGUAUGCACUCUUGGAACAAUUCCUCCACAGUCCCAUUGAAAGUUGGUUUGUCCUUUCUGUAUGUAAAUUGAUUGAUUGCAUAGAUUUUAUUAUUCUUUACUAACAAUGCUAUCCCGCCUUUCUCUUUUUGACUGUCCUUCCUAACAUAAGAAUACCCCUGGAUAUUCAGUUUCCACUCUUGGUAAUCCUGUAGCCAUGGAUCCGUGAUUGUAACUAUUAUCAUAAGUAUUUAUUAUCAUACUGCUAAUCCAUCAACCUAUUGCAAAUGCUCUGUGCAGUAAGGUACAAAGAUUUUAGACUUGUCUUUUUAACCUUGUUAGUCAUCUCAGCUCCAUUUUGCAAUGUUGGGCCAUUUGUUUUCUGUCCUUGUCUUUUCUGUCUUUUCUGUCUUUCACUUUUAUUUCUGUACUUGUUUCUCCCUCCUCUGUCUUGUGGCUGCAGUUCCCAUUCCCCGCCAUCCUUGUAUAAACCAUCACUGACAGCAGUAGCAAACACACUCCCCAAGAAUAUUGGUUCUGGUCCUGUCCAGAUGCAACCCAUCCACCUUGUGCGGAACUGGCCCCAGUGUCCCAGAAAUCUGAAUCCCUCACCACUGGACCAUUUUUCCAGCCAUGUAUUCAUCUGAUAUAUCCCUGGUGUAUUACUUUCACUCUCGCUAGAACAUGGCACUGGUAGUGUUUCCGAGAUUGUCUUUAAGGUCUUACUUUUUCAAUUUAAGUCCUAGCUCCCUACAUUAUGAUUGUAAAACCUCACCAUUUUAUUUUCCAGUAAGUACCACAACCGCAGGCUGUUCAAAAUGCCCUGCAACCUACUCAGAGCCAACGUCAAGUCUGGCACCAGGGAGGCAACAUACCUUCCUGGAAUCUGUUCUGCAGACAGUCUGUUCUCUUAACUAUUGCAUUCCCUAUCACCGUAGUCCUGCUUUUGCUCUUUCUUCACUCUGCACCUUAGCCACACACAUUGACAUGGACUUGGCUUCAAUCUGCUGCAAUCCCCUAAGAAGAUUCCCUUUCUAGCAGUUUGCAAGAUGGUAUAUCAGAUAGAAAGAGGACGGCCACAACUGUGUCCUGCACAAUUUGCCUUCCUUCACCCUGCCUAAUGGUCACCUAUUCCUGUUCUCUUUGUUCCGCUGCCAUCCACGACAAUCUCAGCAUCACGGAUAUUCCCCAGUGAGUCUACCUGCUCCUCCACCUCUGAAAUGCAGUUACCUAUUAGCUGCAGCUAGACACAGCUCCCACACAUGUAGUCUGCCAGGAACACUGGAAGUGAUUAUGACUUCCCAUUUAGAGUAUGUGUAGUGUAAAACAGGUGUGAGCUCUGCUGCCAUGAUUUCCCUUUUAGAUUAAGCUUGUUAUUUACUCAUGUUAAAGAGUAUUAAUUAUGUUAGGGUCUUCAAACAUUCACUUUAAACAUUCUCACUGUGAUGAAAAGUCCUUGCCUUAAGUCUUUGGAAACCUUACUUUUAGUCUUAAUUUUACUUCUGUUACAUUACUUUUAUUACUUAUAUUAGCCCUAACUUUCUCAGUUAAAUCCAAAUAGAGCUACUUGUUUAUCCAUACUUUUCCAAUUUACAGUGAUUUGUUAACAAUCUCGAAAAACAGUUUCUUACCAACCAAUAAACUUAAGGUUUUCCUGUAAGGUUA